ACUUCAACCCCAUCUUCUUCCUUUCUUUCGUUCUCGACAACAACAACAACAACACAUCCGCCACCUCACACGACACGACGUCCUCCUUUUUCUUGUACAUUACCUGCCUACCCAUUUCAUUCCCGCCCAGCGAUCACUUGCACAUAGAAACAAAAAGUUCCUCUGCAUUUACGUCUCGCGAUUGAUUUCUAAUACAACAACGAUGUCAUUCCUAGGAGGAGCAGAGUGCUCCACGGCCGGCAAUCCGCUCAGCCAGUUCUCGAAACACGUCCAGGAUGACAAGAGUCUGCAGCGGGAUCGGCUGGUGGGACGGGGUCCUGGGCCGAGUUUGCAGGGCUUGAGGAGUAAUGGGGGGAUGGGAUUUAGUGGGAGUCAAGAUAAUAUGAUGAAUGAGUUUAUGCAGCAUAAUGGCCAGAUGCCCGAAGCGUUCGCCGUGCAGCACGAUUUACACCAGAUGCGCUCUGGAUCCGCGUCCCCGGGCCUGAAUGGCUGGGCACAGGAGUUCAAUCCGGGUGGGGAGACGCAGGCCAGGAUGGAAGCUGCGUUUGGGGCGCCGAAGGGGGCGGCGUUCAGUCCGGCGGAUUUCGCCAAGUUUCAACAGAUGAAUCAGUCUUCUGCUGCGCGGACGGCGAGUCCUAUGAAUCGGCCGAUUAAUAAUGGGAUCUACCAGCCGCAGAUGGGCAUGGGCAUGAUGGGGAUGGGCGGCAUGGGGAUGAAUAUGGGGAUGAUGAAUAGACCGUAUUCGAGUUUCCAGACGCCGCCGCCGCAGCAGCAGGAAGAUAAAGGGAAGGGGAAGAUGAUCGAGUUGGAUGAUGAGCAUUGGGAGGAGCAGUUCAAGCAGAUCGAUAUGCAGGGGCAGGAGGUGGAUGAGAGUCUCGCUGCGGAAGCAGAGCUCGAUCAAAUGGACAGGUCAGUCCUUGAAUCCGAAACCAAUGAGUUUGGUGAUUUCGAGUCUAUUUGGAGAGGCAUACAAGCUGAGACUGCGGCUGCUAGGGAGAUGGUCGCCGAUGACAAUAUCGGGAAUCACCUCGGUGACGACUUUGGUGAGUGGGAUGGGUUCGAUGGGUUGGGGACCCAUAGUGCUCAGUUUAGGGAUCCGCAGUUAGGUGAUUAUAUGUUUGAGUCUGAUAACUUGUUUAAGGAUGUCAAUAAUCCGUUCGAGGAGGGAGUAAGGAUCAUGGACGAGGGAGGAAAUCUCUCACUAGCAGCUUUAGCGUUUGAAGCUGCGGUACAGAAAGAGCCUCAACAUCUGGAAGCUUGGGUUCGACUUGGCUCAGCGCAAGCCCAAAACGAAAAGGAAACCCCAGCAAUAAGAGCCAUGGCACAAGCCCUGAAAAUCGACCCAAACAACCUCUCCGCCCUCAUGGGUCUAGCAGUCAGCUACACAAACGAAGGCUACGACAGCACCGCCUACCGAACACUGGAGCGCUGGCUCUCAAUCAAAUACCCCAACAUCGUCUCCCCCAGCGACCUCUCCUCCGAAGACGAAGUCGGCUUCACAGACCGCCACAUCCUGCACGAAAAAGUCACAGACCUGUUCAUCCGCGCGGCGCAACUGUCCCCCGACGGCGAACACAUGGAUCCUGACGUUCAGGUCGGGCUGGGCGUGCUGUUCUACGGCGCGGAGGAGUACGAUAAAGCCGUUGACUGUUUCUCCGCCGCGCUCGCGAGCACGGAGCACGGGAUCGUCAAUCGGAGCGAUCAGUUGCACCUCCUUUGGAAUCGUCUCGGCGCCACGCUCGCCAACAGCGGCCGAAGCGAGGAAGCCAUCGCGGCGUACGAGAAGGCGCUUACGACACGCCCUAAUUUCGUUCGUGCCCGCUAUAAUCUAGGGGUAUCGUGCAUCAAUAUAGGUUGCUACGAGGAAGCGGCUUCUCAUCUUCUUGGCGCGUUGGCGAUGCAUAAAGUGGUGGAGACGGAGGGCAGGGAGAAGGCGAGGGAUAUAUUGGGCGGGAGCGGCGUCGAGGAGGCGGAGCUCGAGAGGAUGAUUAGUCAGAAUCAGAGUACGAAUUUGUAUGAUACGUUGAGGAGGGUUUUCAGUCAGAUGGGACGGAGGGAUUUGGCGGAGCGGGUGGUGGUUGGGAUGGAUGUUGAGGGGUUUAGGGGGGAUUUUGAGUUUUAG